AUGCCGAGACGAAGAUACAGACUCCUGGCUGUCGUGGCUCUAGUUAUCGUGUUUAUGCUAUACCAUGUUGCCCAGAAUACCGUCGAACAGAGGGCAGAGCACCCGGUCUCCUUGCCCCCAAAGAAGGAGGCUAGCUCUAAAGAGAAGGUCUUGGUAGACAGCAGGCCAUUGGAGAACAAGCGACCAGCUGAUGUCCAAAAGCCAAUCAGCCCGCCGCCAAAGCCAAAGCCUGUCGAAAAAGAAGUCACAUCCGAAAAGACAGACAAGCCACCGAAAAAGGAGAACACGGUCGAUGCCAAGGACACGUCCAAAGGCAACCAGCCCGCCAAAGCUGACAAGGCUCAGAUCCCCCUCGAUGACGAAGUUAAAGCUAAGCCUAACAGCGCAGGAAAGGACGCUGCGAAUUCUAAAGACUCAACCAGUGCUAAGCCCGAUGAUGGUAAGAUUCACUGGAAGAAGCUCCCUGAGCACUACCCGCUCCCGACAGAGUCCAUUAGACAUCUCCCUACGGGCAAGCCCGCAAAGCUGCCCAGGAUUCAGCACGACUUUGGUUCGGAGACCGAGGGCGCUAAGCAGAGACGCUUGCAGCGCCUCAACCAGAUCAAGGCCGAAAUCAAGCACGCAUGGACUGCCUACCACGAGUAUGCUUGGGGCCAUGACGAACUCCGACCCGUCAACGGCAAAACCAGAGACCCAUUUGCCAGCUGGGCAGCCACCAUGGUGGAUUCUCUUGAUACCCUUUGGAUCGCAGGCAUGCGCCCUGAAUUCGAGGAUGCUGUAAAGUACAUCGCGACCAUUGACUUCACUACUACGCCAACCCACCAGCUCCGUGUGUUUGAGACUGUCAUUCGAUACCUGGGUGGUCUACUUGCCGCCUACGAUAUCAGUGAACACAAAUACAAGGUUCUGCUGGACAAGGCUGUUGAGCUAGCGGAAAUCCUAUUUGGCGUUUUCGAUACUCCAAACAGAAUGCCCAUCCUUUACUACAACUGGCAGCCUGAUUCAGUCUCUCUGCCUCAUUCGGCUACGACUGGCGGAGUGGCAGAGCUGGGAACGCUCUCCAUGGAGUUUACACGCCUAGCUCAGCUCACCGGAGCAAACAAGUACUACGACGCGAUUGAUCGAAUUACUGAUAACCUAAUUCAGUUCCAAGAGUCUGGCACCGCCAUCCCCGGAUUGUUCCCUGAAAGUAUUGACAUGAGCGGCUGCAACCAGACAGCUCUCUAUCUUAAGAGGAGUGAAGAGUCUGAAGCCAAAAAGACGAAGCCAGCCGCGCGUAAAGCAGAUGACUCUUCCGACUUUGUCGAACUCCCGAGAGACAAUGGCGAUGCUGCUGUCGACCGUAGCAAGCAACGACCACACUCGGCUGAUGACAGAAUUGAAAAGCGCGCCGCCAUCCCCGAGGAAUAUCCUGCCAUUAAGACAGCAGAUCCUGCUCCUGCUCCUGCUAAAAAGAAGCCAGUUGAGGCAGCCGAACAGGUUCCAGAACCACAUAUGCCCGUGCAUAGAGAGGCUGUCCCUCCGGCUACUAGGGUGACUGAGGACGAGGAGUGUAUUCCUCAGGGUUUUGCUCCUGGUAGCGUUUACACUCAAAAGUUUCACAUGGGUGGUGGACAAGACUCGGCAUACGAAUACUUUACCAAGGAGUACAUUCUACUUGGUGGCCUUGAACCAAAAUACAAGAAGCUGUAUGUGGAUACUGUGGAGGCCGUCAACAGUUGGUUGAUGUUCCGUCCCAUGAUCAAGGAUGAGAAGUGGGAUAUCCUAUUCCCAGCCAAAAUCUCUACUGCUGGAGAACCCAAGAAGGAUAUGGUGCCCACAUACGAGCUUGCCCAUUUGACGUGUUUCAUCGGUGGCAUGUACGGCUUGGGGGCAAAGAUCUUUGGCCGUGAUCAGGAUCUUGAGACCGCUAGGCAGUUGACAGAUGGCUGCGUCUGGGCCUACCAAUCAACUGCGACAGGCAUCAUGCCUGAAGGCGCCGAGUUGAUGUCUUGUCCGACGAUGGAGAAGUGCGAGUUCAACCAAACCGCCUGGUACCUCGAGCUCGAUAGCUCCAAAGAGUAUCGCGACUCAGAAGUUGAAGAAUGGGAAGCGAAAUAUGGCAAGUCGUCCAAGGUGGCCUCAAGCAAAGACUCCAAGAAGAACUCCAAGAGCAAACGUGCGGCCAUCCCCGACCCAACAGAGCUGGACAAGCCCAAGAAGAGCCAAGCAGCAACCAGCAAAGAGGAUGGAGCCACGACGAAAUCAAAGGAUGAAUCUGUCACUCCCUCGAAGACCAAGCAACACGACCCUGUUACUGUUGAAAAGCCAGCGAGCUCAGAGGAAGAGGAGGACAUUAUUCCUGAGCGUCCACAGUCCCAUGAGGAAUUUGUGGAGGAAAAGCUCAAGACCCAGAAACUGCCGCCUGGAUACACCCGAGUCGGCUCAAAACAAUACAUUCUCAGACCAGAGGCUAUCGAAUCCGUUUGGUACAUGUAUCGUAUCACCGGCGAUCCCAUGUGGAUGGAAAAGGGCUGGAAAAUGUGGGAGGCUACCAUUGCGGCUGUCAAGACACCAUUGGCUCACAGCGCCAUUGAUAAUGUCUUGUCGGAUGAGCCAAAGAUGAAGGAUGAGAUGGAAAGCUUUUGGAUUGCCGAGACUCUCAAGUACUAUUAUCUGUUAUUUGCGGAGACGAACCUCAUUAGCCUGGACGAAUGGGUUCUCAACACGGAAGCACAUCCGUUCCGCAGAAUCGAUGCAUAA